AUCUGAACCUGAUAUUUGAAGUCAUCUCUUCCCUUAGAUUUUCUAUUGAAGAUAAAAAUAACUGGGCUGGUUCCAUGGCACAAUUCAAUAUGAUAAAUUUUUCCUUGAGACGUAAGCCGCCCAAGUUUUACAAUUACUUCAGCUUUUGGAAACGGGUAGAGAAACGCCAACACAUUUACUUAGAAGGCAUCUCAAUUGAUAUGAGAAAACUUUUCUUCGACCAUCUCCAAGAGAGAGCUAAACUAGAAGGUGUUGAAAAAACAAGCAAACAAAGAGGUGAUGGCAUAAUUGGGUUGUUCACCAAUCUUUCUAAGUUGAGAUGGAGUGUUGCAGAGGUGGAUUUUGACGAAAGCAUUCUUCUCUGGCACAUGGCUACCGAUCUCUGCCAUUAUUCUGACCUCAAUAACACUAAUAAGGAUGCUUUUCACAGUCCUUAUCUUCAAAUGAGCAGAUUAUUAUCUGACUACAUGUUAUACCUACUUGUUAUGUGUCCUUUCAUGUUGCCUAAGGGAAUCGGGCAGAUUAGGUUUGAUCUUGCUACUCAACAAGCAAUGAGUUAUUUUCAACUCAAAGAUUUAGCUGGGUAUAGUUCUAGAAAUGAAGCUUGCAGAAUAUUGAUUGAAGUGGACAACGAAGACCCACCACCUUCAAUGAUAUUGGACGGAUGUGAGCUUGCUAAAAUAUUACAGUCUGAGCUAAAAACAGUGACAAAAACGAAUGAUGGUUCAGAAUGGGAGAAAUGGAAAAUAAUAUGCCAUGUAUGGGUGGAGAUGCUAUGUUUUGCAGCAAAUCAAUGUGGAUGGAGAUACCAUGCCCAGCAGCUUGGACGAGGAGGAGAGUUACUUACACAAAUCAGCCUUCUCAUGGCACAUUUUGGACUGACUGACCAAAUGAGGAAUACUGCUGGAGAUACUACAGGAUCACGUCAGGGCAUUAGCCGCCAUGCAACUAGUUUCCGGGACCUUGUUGAUUUCGUUGACAGGAAAGAGGCGGAGGUUAAAGCAAUGUUAAGGAGACGUCAAUUUAGGCCAAUGGGGCAUACAAAUGAAUAUGAUUCAGAGAACGGUGAUUUAAGUCCCAUGUCUAUCUGACAAGGUAUGUUACUGCAUCCCACCCUAUCUGAAUUUGACCCUAUUAGCUUGUUAAAGUGAGAAGAAAAUGCAAGAAAGGUAUAUGAUAAAAGGGCUAAAGAAGAUACUGAACAAAAAGUUCAUCUCUAUUAUUCAUCUCUUUUCUACAUGAUGUACACAGUGAAGGAUCCGAAUAUAUAGGCAAUUACAGAUAACGGCAUAGCAGAAAAAUACAAAAUUAUCUUGCCAGCUCAGCCAUUCUGUUAGCUUGAGAUUCCACUGGAAUAUGAGGCCGUUGGGUGAUUUCCUUACUGUGCGCUGAGAGCUUAAUGCUGGUGUGCUGAGGUGGAGAUGAAGCUGUAUCUCCAACAUAGCUAUUCAAUAUUUAGUUUAAUUUUCACUGGGUCAAUGGUUUAUGCCACGCCCAAAACUAGUUUGUUACUGUGAACUGGACUUAUGUCAUUAUUGAAUUAGAUCAGGCUUGCUAUGUUUGAAUUGCUAAACCAGAUUCAAAUGGAAGUUCAAUCCAUUAAAAAUUGUCAGAGUGAUAUGCCUCUACCGUGACUAGUAUUUUGAGUAUCCAUCUCUAAUUGAUAAGGAGCGAAUGUGUGCAUUUAAGCAGGGAAGCCUGAGGUAUACCCCUUAUACACAUGGUGACUUCCAGAGUUCCAGGCCAUGAAAGCUCGGGAGUGUGCAUUUACUUUUUGCGGAUGGUCUUCUUUUUUGUAGGAUUAAAAAUGGCUCUGUAUUAGAUUGUCUUGAAUAUUCUUUUGAAGUUCCUGCUGUAGGAGCCAAUGAAAAUAAGAGUGCAGUUUCUAUGGCUAAGAGUGAAAAUGUUUUACAAAAUUCAUGGUUUUGAGGAGGAACUAUUUUUCAGUUCCACCAACAUACACAAAACUGAUUGCUCCUGAAUACCAAUCUCUGGCAGAUAGAAAUUGGAACCACAGCUAGCUUCAGCCUUCAUGGACUCUGACAUUAUUGUCUUACGCAGGGAGAUUGCAACUUGUUCAGUUCAAUCAAUUCUAUAGCUCUAUGGACGUGGCAUAUUCAUCCAGCAUUUCUCUGGUAAUGGCCUAAUCUAAAUAAAAGAGUUGGGCUGGUAACCAAUGAGAGAGGUUUGGGGAUUAAGGGAUGGAAAAUUGGAAUAGGACAGUACUGCAGAAGAUAGUGGUGAACCUCCCAACCAUUGUCGCUGGAUUCGGAGGAAAUUACUGUAGUCUGAAGCUGACAGUGGACAAAUUACCCGACGUGAAGCAAUAAAGAAGAUAAGAAACCAAUAUAUUUUCUUUUCCUUUUUUGAACUAUGCUAACCAUGACUCAAUUGCCAGGGUGCUAGAUUUGAUCAUAAAUGCCAGAGAUUCAAAACACAGGAAUAGUCUCUCCAAGCACGGAGAUGUAAGUGUAUAUAAAGAGCUUCGCGUUAUGAAUAAAAUAACCACUACACAGCCACUGUUCAUUGGCUUCUUACAUGGUAUCAGAACAGUAGAGAUUCAUGGAGCUAUCCUCUUCUUCUUCUAUCCCUGCAUCUUCCUCAGCUUCUCCCUCUCACAUCAUCACAACCAAACUCACCACAGAAAACUACCUUCUCUGGAAAGCUCAGAUUACAGCAUACCUACAGGGCCAAGAUCUCUUCUCUUAUGUUGAUGGAUCAACCUCCUCUCCGUCGAAAUUUCUCCCUGGCUCUGCUGGACAACCACCCAAAUCUAACCCUGCAUACUUGGUCUGGCGACGCACUGAUCAGCUGGUUCUCAGUGUUCUGUUCUAUUCACUCUCCGAAUCAAUUCUUGGCCAUGUACGCUCUUCCUCAACCUCUCGAGACCUCUGGUGCUCUCUCUCUACCAUGUUCUCCUCUCACUCACAAGCCAGAGAGUUUCAGGUCAGAUUUCAACUCACCAAUCUUUCUCGCGAGUACCUAUCCACCUCAGAUUUUUUUGGCAAAGUCCAGUGUCUUGCUGAUUCCAUUGCUGCAACCGGAAACCCAUUGUCUGACAAAGAGCUGGUUUCCUAAAUUUUAAAUGGCCUUGGUCCCUCCUAUGAAUCCUUCGUCACUUCCAUUACCACCAGAGCAGAUCCCUUGUCCACUCAUGAACUAUAUCAACUACUUCUCAUCCAUGAAAAUCGUCUUUCCCAUGUCUCCACAGUCACACCUCAGUCUUUAUAACUCUCUGCAAAUUUCACCUCUGCUGCUGGUUCACGAGGUCGCCCCUUUCAUCAUGCUGGUAGACAUGGUAGUGGCCGUGGGAGACACUUUCUCUCACAAUCAUGGAGCUCGCAAUACUGUUAGCCACUCAUCCCAGCAAUUCUCCAACGCUCGCCCAACUUGCCAGAUCUGCAACAAGCUUGGGCAUGUGGCACUUCAGUGCCGAAAUAGAUUUAAUCAUGCCUAUCAAUAUGACUCACCCCAUGGCAACUUCUCAGCAAAUUACACUGCCUCAAAUUCACCUUCAGACAAUAUAUGGUAUCCUGACUCUACUGCCACUCACCAUAUUACCCAUGAUUUAUCGAAUCUGAACCUCUCUGCAGAACAAUACCGUGGUCCUGAUACCAUCAAGGACUCGCAGACGAAGCAAAUCCUCCUCACCGGGCCAACUCGUGACGGACUCUAUGUUUUCCUCCCAUUCCACCAUCCUCUCCUUCCACUCAUGUCAGUCCGCACGCUUCCCUCCGGCAGUGGCAUCGCCGAUUGGGUCAUCCCUCCUUAGCUCUCGUCCGUCGCGUUCUACACUUUGGUGUGACAAUCUUGGUGCUACUUACCUCUGUGCAAAUCCUGUGUUUCACUCAAAAACGAAGCAUAUGGACAUUGACUACCAUUUUGUUCGAGAUCGUGUUGCUGCCAAUAGCCUCAAAAUUUCAUUUUGCAGCACCAACGAUCAACUUGCAAACAUUCUUACCAAGCAACUCGUUUCAGACAAAUUCCUUCACUUUGCAACGAGUCUCAAAGUGGUUGACACCCCUUUGGACUCGAGGGGACGUAUCAGCAGUUGAAACAAAUCCAGCUAAAUCCCCAACAGAUUAUUCCUUUCUGGUUUAUUUGUAAUUUUCUUCUGUAACCAUUUUUUAUUCGUUUUUGAUUCCCACUGUAAGUAUAUAUAAAGAGUUUCGCGUUAUGAAUAUAAUAACCACUGCACAGCCACUGUUCAUUUGCUUCUUACAGGAGAUAAGAUUGCCACAUCAUAUCCUCUUCAAAAACACCAAACAUUUUCAAGCGGAAACCAAGGUCAUAGCAAAUGGAAAACACAUACUGUGAGGUAUCAUGUCAAAUGUAAUGAGAAGCAAUCCAAAUCCCUUUCCCAAUAAUGCAGUCAGGAGAAAUUAGAUUUAGAUUUGUAUAAAUUUAGUAAAAUUUUUAACAUAAUUUAAUAUUAAAUUUUGC